AAAAAAAGUCAAAUAAAGAAGUAGCGUAAUAGAUGAAGGUACUAUUUGCUGACCGGUCCAAACCUAAUUCGUUUAAAACUAUCGUAGCCAGCAAAUAACCAUACAGAGUUUUCUUCAUAUCAUAACCACCUCACCCCACCCUACUCACUCUAAAUAUCAUUCUUCUUCAAACUCGACGAACUUCACUUUUAUAUUCUCUUUCUCUCUUUCAAUUUUCUAACAAUUUCAUCUACUUCUCAUUCUUCUUCUUCCAUCGGAACAGUUACUCAAAGCUAUGGCGCAAAACAGAUUCAUCGUUGAAGUCGAGAAAGCAAAGGAAGCUAGUGGCGAUACACCGUCGAGAGGACCUGUCUAUCGCAGUAUCUUCGCUAAGGAUGGAUUUCCGCCUCCUGUUCAAGGUCUUGAUAGCUGCUGGGAUGUUUUCCGAUUGUCUGUUGAGAAAUAUCCAAAUAAUCCUAUGCUUGGUGCCCGAGAGAUUGUGGAUGGAAAGCAUGGCAACUACAAGUGGCAAACCUACAAAGAAGUAUAUGACAUUGUGUUGAAAGUUGGAAAUUCUAUCCGCAGCUGUGGUUAUGGAGAAGGUAUAAAGUGUGGUAUUUAUGGGACCAAUUCUGCAGAGUGGAUUAUGAGCAUGGAGGCCUGCAAUGCUCAUGGACUUCUUUGUGUUCCUUUAUAUGAUACCUUAGGUUCUGGGGCCAUAGAGUUUAUUAUAUGCCACGCAGAAGUCUCAAUUACAUUUGCAGAAGAAAAGAAGAUACCUGAGCUAUUGAAGACAUUUCCAAAUGCAACCAAAUAUCUCAAGACAAUUGUGAGCUUCGGAAAGGUUACCGCUGAACAAAAGCAAGAAGUUGAAAAGUUUGGACUGACAAUAUAUUCAUGGACUGAAUUUUUACAAGUGGGUGAAAGUCAGAGUUUUGAUCUACCUGUGAAGAAAAGGAGUGAUAUAUGUACAAUAAUGUAUACUAGUGGAACUACUGGUGACCCCAAGGGAGUAUUGAUAUCCAAUGAGAGUAUCAUUACCCUCUUAGCUGGGGUUAAGCGGCUGUUGGAGAGUGUCAAUGAAAAUUUGACAGAGAAGGAUGUGUACUUAUCAUACCUUCCUCUUGCCCAUAUCUUUGAUAGGGUCAUUGAGGAGACAUUUAUAUGGCUUGGUGCCUCAAUAGGUUUCUGGCGUGGGGAUGUUAAAUUGUUAAUUGAAGACAUUGGGGAGCUAAAACCAACCAUUUUCUGUGCUGUACCCCGUGUACUUGAUAGAGUGUACUCAGGUUUAACACAGAAGAUUUCUUCCGGAGGCUUCCUUAAGAAGACGUUAUUCAACUUUGCUUAUUCAUAUAAGUCAAAUAAGAUGAUGAAAGGGCAUAACCAUGAGGCAGCAUCUCCACUUUUUGACAGAAUUGUGUUUGAUAAGGUAAAGCAAGGUUUAGGGGGUAAAGUGCGUCUUAUUUUGUCUGGAGCAGCACCCCUAUCUGUGCAUGUGGAAAGUUACUUACGGGUGGUGACCUGUGCUCAUGUCCUACAAGGAUAUGGUUUGACCGAAACCUGUGCCGGAACCUUUGUCUCAUUACCAAAUCAACAUGGAAUGCUUGGAACAGUGGGUCCUCCUGUCCCAAAUGUGGAUGCGUGUCUGGAAUCUGUUCCUGAAAUGGGUUACGAUGCCCUUGCAAGCACACCAAGAGGAGAAAUUUGUGUAAAGGGAGAUACCUUGUUUUCGGGGUACUACAAACGUGAAGACCUCACGAAAGAGGUUCUGAUUGAUGGAUGGUUCCAUACAGGGGAUAUUGGAGAGUGGCAACCUAAUGGAAGCAUGAAGAUUAUUGACCGGAAGAAAAACAUAUUCAAGCUUUCACAAGGAGAAUAUGUUGCCGUUGAAAACCUGGAGAAUAUUUUCGGCCAAGUUCCUUCUAUUGAAUCUAUAUGGGUUUACGGAAACAGUUUUGAGGCCUUCCUUGUUGCUGUUGUUAACCCCAGAAAGCAGGCACUUGAACAUUGGGCAGAGCAAAAUGGUAUAUCAAUGGACUUCAAUUCUCUGUGUGAAGAUUCUAGGGCAAAAGGUUACAUACUUGAAGAGCUCUCGAAGAUUGGAAAGGAAAAGAAGUUGAAAGGCUUCGAGUUUAUAAAAGCAGUUCAUCUUGACCCAGUUCCAUUUGAUAUGGAACGUGACCUUAUCACUCCAACAUAUAAGAAGAAGAGGCCUCAGUUGCUUAAACACUAUCAGAGUGUGAUCGAUAACAUGUACAAAAGUGGAAGUAAACCCCGUGCCUGAUAAAUGCUUUUGGAGUUGGUGCCAUGACAAGUAGAUAAUUUAAUUUCUGCAUGCGUUUGUGCUUGCCUCUGUUCAAUUGUUUCCUUUUGGUGACUAUCUGUACAUAUAAUUAAUGGUGAGACGGUAGAUUACUGUAAUUUAUAUGCCACACUUGAUCGUAAAAGAUACACAGAUACAAAGUUUAAACCAAUUGUUGGCUACAUUAGAAGAACUUUUGUUAGGGAAGUUCUAUUUCAUCUCUUAGCAAAAUUAACAAUUGUAGCUGUUGUUAUUUUACUUAAAGAGAUAUUUUUCAACGAUUUCUACAAUAAACUGAAAAGUAACAGUUCGUGUUAA